AUGCUACCUCAGCCGGCCGAGGGUAUUCAGCCCGACGCACGGCAGAGAAGCCAUCUCGAAUGUCCCGCUCUGCGGCCGGACGAGACAUGCAUCGCUCGCUCCCUCGCUCGCUGCCUGGAUCUUUCCUCACCCCGGAGUCGGCCACCGGGCGGAGGAGGCGUGUCUUGUGAGAAUGUGAGAGAGCGUGGGCGCUGCGAAGACUGUCCCGUCUGCCUCCCCUCCCUCCGCCUGUUUCAGGUAUGUCCGCUCCGUGGCACAAGGCGGUGGCUGUCCUUGGGGGCCGGCCGAUCUGCCGAACGUUUCACAGGGGGUGCGGAUAAUUUGAAUCUACGGACAAAGUACUUUGUGUGUCGGCCGGGAGAAGAAGAGGCACAGCAGUUUUCCGUCGUUGCUGCUAACCUACACGGGUACGUAAUAAACGGCGACUGCCUCCCGCUGACACGUGGACCGGGACUGCAGAGGUCUGCUUCCACGAUGCUGACGCUGCCCUCCACACCAGGCCUGGCGCACCCAACGCAGGACCAUGGAGCCCGCAAUACUCGGCUGCGAGUCUCGGCUUGCCUACCGACAUGGCGCCGAGGAAAACGCCUUGCAGGCGCGAGAGCAAGGAUCCUGCGUCGACCACAGACCAAGGGCCUGCAACAAGGGUGGAAUGGGCACGAAAUAGUUUUCAAGUAUCAUACAGUGAUUGUGCGAACCACAACGCCGUGUUUGCCUGUCCCCUCUAGUAUUAAUCCAGACAAUUUGAUUCCUUUUCAAAUGCCGAAUCAGCAGCCUGUCCCCCCCAAUGAACUCUCCGUCUUCGAGUGCUGA